AUGGAUGGUGAUGAUGAUCAUGGUGGUAAUACUACUGUUAUUACUAAUUGUGGGGUGGUUCUGGGUUCAUUCAUUCUCAAGAACAUUGUCAAUCCUAUCAAGAAUUCUGAAAGCAACUUGUUGCUAAAUGGUGGAUUCGAAUACGGGCCUGCAUUUCCCAACAAUUCCUUCGGCGGUAUUCUGAUUGAUGCAGAAUCAAGUCCAACUCAGUCUACAUUAAACCAAUGGGCAAUACUAGGUACAGUGAAAUACAUUUCUUCAAACAAGAACUAUAUAGUCCCAGAAGGAAAUGCUGCAAUCGAGAUUGUUUCAGGGGAAUCAAGUGGGUUACAAACAACGGUUACACUAAAAAAAGGUUCCAAGUAUGACCUGGAACUCGUAAUUGCUGAUGCCAAUGAUUCGUGUAUUGGUGAUUUCAUGGUGGGUGUUCAAGCAGGAUCAACUGGUAAAAAUUUCACAUUACAAAGUAAAGGAAUUGGUUCAUCGGAGGAAUUUACAUUGACAUUUGUAGCAGAUUCAAGUGUUACUCCUAUUAGUAUCCUAAGUUUCACAACAACCCAAACUAAAGAUCUUGUGUUGUGUGGUCCUGUGAUUGACAAAGUUGUACUUCUUGCUUCUUAUGGCUUGAAACUGCAAAUAAAGGUUCUUUUUGUUGGUCUUGGGUUUCUUGUAACUCUUACACAAUUUAUUGGGUAG